AUGGCCGUGUUUUUUACUAAGGAGAGCUUCAACAAGGUCGUUCUCAGCAUUAUGUUCUUUAACUUCGUAUGUAUUGCGACAACUGUGGUUGACAACUUAAAUGUGACAAUUUUCGUAAAGAAUAUUUCUAACAUUGUCUUCAAUUAUUCUGCUCUCAUGUAUGGCUUCAUAAUGCCACUGGUGAUGCUCUGCCACAACGAACUCUGGCAAAACGAGCUGAAACGUCUAAUUGAGAAGAUUCACCGUAAUCGUGUACAUGACGAUGCCACAGUACAUAUCAAGUCUACUUUUGGCAAAGAGAUAAUGGUGGAUAGUAUUGAACACUCACAAAGAUAUUUUGAAAUGCUGCGGAAGGACUGGUCCUACCGAUAA